AUGGAGCUGGCGGCGCCAUGUAGCUUCAGCUGCUCGUCAUACGCCCACUGCUCCAUCGGCUUCACGCCGGCGCGGGUCCUCCGCGCCGGCGCCGGCGCCUGGAGGCUCCGUGCCGGGGCGCACCAGGGCGGCGGGGACGGCGUCGAGCCGGCCGGGCGCCUCGCCGCGGACGGGCCUCCCGUGGUCGACGUGCCGGCGGUCGUCGCGGGCGCGGAGGGGUUCGGAGGGGCCCGGGACGCGGAGCUGGCCAUGUGGGAGAAGCUGGGCGCCGUGGUGCGGCUGAGCUACGGCAUCGGCAUCUACGCGGGCAUGGCGCUGGCGGGGCGGGCGAUCUGCGACAUGGCCGGCAUCGACUCCUCCGGCGGGUUCCACCCGUCGCUGACGGCGCUGGUGGAGGGGCUCGGCUACGCGUCGCCGCCCAUCAUGGCGCUGCUCUUCAUCCUGGACGACGAGGUGGUCAAGUACUCGCCGCACGCCCGCGCCAUCCGCGACGUGGAGGACGAGGAGCUCCGCACCUUCUUCGCCGGCAUGUCCCCCUGGCAGUUCAUCCUCGUCGUCGCCGCCAGCUCCGUCGGCGAGGAGCUCUUCUACCGCGCCGCCGUCCAGGGAGCAUUGGCCGAUAUAUUCCUGAGAGGCACGGAGCUGAUGAAAGAUGCCCGGGGGAUUGUGUCCCUGCUAACUGUACUUGCUUCUUUUGUUGAUAUAUAUCUGCAGAGUGGAAUGGUGCCUCCAUUUGUCCCGUUCGCGCAAACCUUCGCCGCCGCCAUCACCGCCGCCCUCACGGGUUCCCUCUACUACAUCGCGACCGCCCCCAAAGACCCUACCUAUGUGGUGACACCGGUUAUGCGCUCGCACGCCGGGCGACAGAAUAUGAAGAAACUGUUUUCAGCUUGGUACGAAAGGAGGCAGAUGAGGAAGAUAUACUCACCUCUUCUAGAAGGCAUCCUGGCUUUCUACCUCGGCUUCGAAUGGAUCCAGACGGGCAACAUCCUGGCACCGAUGAUCACCCACGGCAUAUACUCCGCGGUGGUCCUUGGCCAUGGGCUAUGGAAAAUCCAAGACCACAGGAGAAGGUUGCGACAAAGGGUCCAGGAAAUUAGACGAGGCUCAGACAGACUCUAG